AUGCCAAAUGAUCACAUGGAGAAUGCGGACCUGGCGUCGAAAGCAGUUAAGGCCAAGAAGGCAUCGAAGGAGGAAGACAAGGGCAAACGAGCACAACGGACAACGUCGAACAAAUUUUCACAACUAUCUCAAGAUGAGAUGGAAGAAUUCAAACAGGCCUUCCAGUUGAUCGACGCAGAUAAGGACGGGAUAAUUUCAAAAUCCGACUUGAAGCAAACGUUCGACAGCCUGGGGCAGAUGUCCAACGAUGCCGAAAUCGAUGGCAUGCUUGCAGAAGCAAGUGGACCGCUCAGUUUUGCCAUGUUCUUGACACUUUUCGGAGAGAAGUUCAGCUCCGUAGCAGACCCCGUCGAAAUGCUGACAGCAUUCAAACUCUGGGACACGGACGACAGCGGCAUGAUCGACGAAGACGGCAUAAGAGAAGAUCUGAAAUCCCGAGGAGAGAAAUUCACGAACGAAGACUUGGACGUGGCACUUCGUGACGCACCAGUGUACGAGAAGGACGGUAAGGCGUUCAUCGACUACAAAGCGUUCGUCAACCUCAUCUGCGCCGGAAAUAAAGAAGGAGAAGAAGAGAAAAAGGAGGAAUAACACUUUUGUUUCAACCACAAAACAGAAAAGAAGACAUCGCAUCACAAAAACGCCAAGCAAUCCGUACGCGUGCAUAUGGUUUCAACCGAGCUUUCGAGUUCAAAGCCACCGCAUUUCUGUCACAAAGUCCAAAUCACUCAUCCCAAAACCUCUCCCCAAAAUCUCUUCUGUUCCUUCCCCUAUCGUUUUACGAGCAAUAAAAGAAAAGCGAAUUUCUUUCACGACAAAGACAAACAAAAAACGGCCUCGCGAGCGCAAAAUAAAUACCGAGCUGCUUCGUUUUCCUUCUUCCGAAAACUUAAUUACAAUCUCCACAUAAUGAAAAAAUUCUUUAUCCAGCCAUCUCCUCACAGGUUUUAACGUUUUGACUACGGAGA